AUGAGCGAGCCUUCUUGCUCCGUCGCGCACCGGCUCCUGCUCCGGUGCGCCACGGGGGCGCAGGUCAGGGAGGCCCACGCGAGCCUCAUGGUCACCGGCGAGCUCGUCUCCUCCCCUGUCGCCGCCGCCGUCUUCCUCCACAACACCCUCAUCCGGGCAUAUGCGCGGACUGGCGGCGCCGCCCACCUCGAAGCCAUUCUCGUCUACCGCCACCUGCUCCGCUCCGCGCUCCCCCCCGACACACACACCUUCCCCUUCCUCCUCAAGGCCUCCGCCGCCGCCCUCCCUGGCUCCGCCAUUGCCGCCGCCCAGGGCGGGGCUGCCCAUGCCCAAAUAGUUCGCCUCGGUUUCUCCGGCCAGCUCCACGCCACUAACGCCCUCAUCCACUUCUACUCCCUCGCUGGCGACCUCCCCGCCGCCCGCCGUCUCCUCGAGACCUCCGCCACAACGGACGUUGUCUCCUUCAACACCCUCAUCACCGGUUACUGCAGAUCCGGGAACUCCGCCGCCGCUCGAAAGUUGUUUGACGAAAUGCCCCAGAGAAAUGGCAUCUCCUGGACCGCCAUGAUCUCCGGCCACGUCCACUGCGGCGAGGAGAGAGAAGCCCUCUCUCUCUUCUCCGCCAUGCAGAGCUCGGGAGUCCCUCCCAUGGCGGCCACCCUGGUCAGCGUCCUCUCCGCGUGCGCCCAGCUAGGGGCGCUGGAGCAGGGGAGGUGGGUCCACCGCCACCUCCGCGUCAGCGGCGGCGGCGCCGCCACCAUCAACGUCUUCCUGGGUACCGCCCUGAUCGACAUGUACGCCAAGUGCGGCGAGGUGGACGCUGCCGUGGCCGUCUUCGAGGCCAUGCCGGAGAGGAACCUCCUCUCGUGGACGACCCUCAUCGGCGGCCUCGCCGUGCACGGCCGCGGGACGGCGGCCCUGCGGCUGUUCGAGCAGAUGGAGACCUCCGGCGUGGCCCCCGACGACGUCGCCUUCGUCGCCGCGCUCUCCGCCUGCUCUCACGCCGGCCUCCUCGACGACGGUCGCCGGAUCUUCGCCGCCAUGCGGCGGCGCUACGGCGUGGAGCCCAAACUGGAGCACUACGGCUGUCUUGUGGACUUGCUGGCGCGCGGCGGGCGGCUGACGGAGGCCAUGGCGGCGGUGGAGGAGAUGCCGGUGAGCCCCGACGGGCGGAUAUGGAGUGCCCUCAUGGCGGGCUGCAGGUUCCACGGCGACGCAAAGCUCGCGGAGCGCGUGGCGGAGCGGCUGGUGGCGCUGGAACCGGACAACGGCGGCGUGUACGUGCUGCUAGCGAACGUCUACGGCGCCGCGGGGCGGCACGGAGAGGCGGUGAGGGUGAGGGGGGCAAUGCGGCGGCGUUGCCUGGGGAAAGCCCCCGGGUGGAGCUCGGUGGAGGUGGGCGGGGAGGUGCACCAGUUCACGGCCGGCGGCGGGUCUCAUCCUGCCGCCGCUGCGGCGCGGGCCAAGUGGGCGGCGGUGGAGCGGAGGCUGAGGGAGGAGGAAGGGUACGUGCCGGGGAGGGAGGAGGUGCUGGUGGAGGUGGAGGAGGAGGAGAAGGACGCCGCCGUGGGAGGGCACAGCGAGAAGAUCGCCAUGGGAUUCGCGAUGCUCCGCUCCGGCGAGGGGGAGAGGAUGCGGAUCAUGAAGAAUCUGAGGGUCUGCGGGGACUGCCACCGCGCCACCAAGCUCGUGUCCAAGGUCUUCCGGAGGGAGAUCGUCGUCAGGGACAGGACGAGGUUCCACAUUUUCAGAGAUGGCCGCUGCUCCUGCGGAGAUUACUGGUGA